AUGUUGUCGAUGAAUUUUCAGAUUAUUCUAACUGUUCGUGAUCCGGAUGAAUGGGUUGCAAGUUGUCGUGCAACUACACUGUCAGAGACAUUGUAUCAAAAGCCAUCACUUGGACAACGCAUUGUUGAUCGACUAUUUGGUUUGCAAAACUUAUAUAAAUUGCAUUAUCAAAUGUUUCGACAGACAUUGGGAAGAGAUUUUUACAAAGUGACAGAUGAACAAUUGAAAAGUAUUUAUACUAGCUGGAACGAUGAGGUGAUCAAAAGUAUUCCGUCUGAUCGUUUGUUAGUAUUUGAAUCAAGUCAAGGUUGGAAAGCAUUGUGUGAUUUCCUGUGUUUGCCUGUCCCACCAGCAGAUGUACCUUAUCCACAUUUAAACGAGAGAGGCAUAAUGAUUCAGGCGAUUGAUGAACUACAACGUCCUGGUAAACGGAUUGAUCGUAUCCUGUGUAUAUGUCGAUAUUUACUAAUACCAAUGUUCACUGGUAUUGUAUAUGCUUGUUGUAGUGAGACAAUUUACAAGACAGUUUCAUCAAUAAUUCCACUGUCACCAUCUUUGUUUCACUGA